AAUCCAAGUAUAUGGUUUACAAUACUAGGCAAGGUGUCGUCCCUGAUAAACUCAACGUUCAUUUGGUGCCCCACACACACGAUGAUGUUGGCUGGUUAAAGACCGUUGAUCAGUACUACGUUGAUUCUAACAACUCAAUCCAGGGAGCAUGCGUGCGAAAUGUUUUGGACUCGCUUAUCCUGCACUUUUGCCUGACGAGAGCACGAGAUUCGUAUUUGUUGAACAGGCAUUUUUCCAGCGUUGGUGGAGGGACCAGAGUGAAGAGAUCCAGCGAGCAGUCAAGCAGCUCGUUAGCUCUGGUCAACUAGAGUUCAUAAAUGGGGGUAUGUGCAUGCAUGAUGAGGCAACACCACAUUACAUUGACAUGAUUGAUCAGACAACUUUGGGGCACCAAUUUAUAAAGGAGGAAUCUGGUCUGACUCCACGAAUUGGUUGGCAAAUUGACCCAUUUGGGCAUUCUGCUGUGCAGGCUUCCUUGCUAGGAGCAGAAGUUGGAUUUGACGCAUUUUUCUUUGGGCGAAUUGAUUACCAAGACAGGGCAAAGCGUAAAAAUGAGAAGAGUCUUGAAGUGGUGUGGCAGGGUUCUAAGAGUCUUGGUUCGUCUGCGCAGAUUUUCGCCGGAGCUUUCCCAGCAAACUAUGAACCUCCUCCCAGUUUCUACUUUAAAGUCAAUGAUGCUUCCCCUAUUGUGCAAGAUGACAUCACCUUGUUUGAUUACAAUGUUCAAGAUCGAGUUGAUGAUUUUGUUGCUGCUGUAGUCUCACAGGCUAACAUAACUCGAACAAAUCAUAUAAUGUGGACCAUGGGAACAGAUUUCAAGUAUCAGUCCGUGCACACGUGGUUCCGACAGAUGGACAAGCUCAUUCAUUAUGUUAACAUGGAUGGACAUGUAAAUGCACUCUAUUCAACUCCAUCCAUAUAUACUGAUGCAAAACAUGCAACGGAUAGAUUCUGGCCAACCAAGACCGAUGAUUUCUUUCCUUAUGCAGAUCGUGCAAAUAAUUACUGGACAGGAUACUUUACAAGCAGACCAGCCUUCAAAUGUUAUGUCAGAAUGUUGAGUUGUUAUUAUUUGGCAGCGAGGCAACUUGAAUUUUUUAAAGUAAGAGGAAAUUCCAGGCCCAACACAGACACAUUAGCGGAUGCUUUGGCAAUUGCUCAGCAUCAUGAUGCAGUUACUGGAACAGAGAAGCAACAUCUGGCUAAUGAUUAUGCAAAAAGACUGUCAAUGGGCUAUGUGGAGGCUGAAGAAAUAGUGGCAUCCUCACUCGCAUGCUUGACUAAGUGA